CAGACACCAUGCCUACGUCAUCGGGGCGUGGCUUCAUAAAGCCGGUGUGAUGAUCCGGUGAGAGCAGAGGCGUUUAUGUACAAAAAUAACUACUUUAGUAACCGGCUAUAUUUUACUUACUUAUCAUUUCAUUUGAACAUGUGACAACAUAAUAAAUACAUGUAGUUAAAUGAAUUAAUAAUUAGGUUGUUUGCUUUUUGGGUUCAUCAGACGGACUGUCCCAGUUUUCGUGCCAAGGAGCCCAUGAGGGAGUCUUUGCACCAGAGUGAGGCUAGAACGGGAGCGUGUUUAGAAUAGUGAAGACCCCAUGGUGGUUUUCCUGAUUGUUGCUUAGAAAAGGCGCAGAGGCAUGGCCCUGAAGGCUUCUCCAUUUCCUAAUGGGUUUGUUGCAGGCAUCCAUGCUGUGGGAUGGGCACUCAUCCUGCCUUGCUUCUGGUUUCUCGAUCGACUCAUUGCUGUGUGCAAGUCCACCACCCUGGAACAAACGCAGCGACUGGAAAAAGAAUGCUACCUCCACCCCCUCAAGGUCUUCUUCGGCUUCAUUAUCUUCUUUAUUCUUUUUUUCCUCGCAGCUCCAUUCGCCUUAUUGGGAUUUAUUCUCUGGGCACCUCUUCAGGCCUGUCGCAGGCCCUUUCUCUACCAUAGAGAGCCCCCGUCCUCACUAGAGAGGGAGACACACAGUGGAUUUGAGCUGGUAGGAAAGGCAUCAUUUGGAUUUGCCACAGCCAACCUCUGUCUGUUGCCUGACAGCCUUGCUCGUUUUAACAACCUGGGGCACACUCAGCAAAGGGCAGCUGUUAUUGGUCAGCACAUUGUGCAGGGUGUGUGUCGGAACGAUAUCCGUAUCUUUGUUGACUCCCCCAGCAGCUGUGGUACUCUCAGCCCCUCCAACAGCAUACUCCCCACAGCUAACUCAUCUUCAUACGGGGCUACUGAAAGACAAGCACAGUCCCCAGUAAAUCAUUCCGAUUCAGCUGAAGUAAAUGUUUCAAUCACACAGUCCAAUAGUCAAGUGGUCUGUGUGACCUCUGAUGAUACAAAAGAGCCUUCCGAUGACUCACCAUCUCCCCUUUUCAAUUCCAAUCAAAAUUCCAACCAGCGGGACCGGGCAGGUCACCGCAGUGCUCCCCGAGCUUUGCUCUCCCAGGGUCUCCGCCAGAAGGGCGAUGUUCCAUGGGAAGUGUCUUCAUUGUUCCCAGCCAAUGUGGACAUACUGUGCCUGGAAGAGGUGUUUGAUAAGAGGGCAGCACAGAAACUCACUCGAGCACUAAGACCUGUGUUUGGACACAUACUGUAUGACAUUGGUGUGUAUGCCUGCCAGCCACCAGGCAGAUGUUCCUCUUUCAAGUUCCUCAACAGUGGCCUGUUCCUAGCCAGCCGGUUCCCUGUGCUGGAGGCCCAGUACCACUGCUUCCCUAACAGCAGGGGGGAGGAUGCACUGGCUGCCAAGGGCCUCCUUUCUGCUAAGGUGCUAAUCGGGCAGAGUCAAAAACAGAGGAGAGUGGUUGGCUAUUUUAACUGCACACAUCUUCAUGCACCAGAAGGUGAAGGAGAAAUUCGCUGUGAGCAGUUAAACAUGGUUACCAAGUGGAUUGGCGAUUUUCAAGCUGCCAACAAAUUCCCAGAUGAGGACGUUGCUUUUGAUGUGCUUUGUGGAGAUCUCAACUUCGACAACUGCUCACCUGAUGACUCCCUGGAACAGAAUCACUGUCUGUUUGAAGAAUACAAAGAUCCAUGCAGGGCAGGGCCUGGAAAAGAGAAGCCAUGGGUCAUUGGCACUCUGCUGGAGCAGCCCACAUUGUAUGAAGAUGACAUAAACACCCCAGAAAAUCUACAGAGAACCUUAGAGAGGGAAGAGCUAAGAAAGCAGUACAUCUCCCCUCCUGUUCCUGCAAAGGACCGCCCGUUGGUUUACCCUGAGUCGGAUCAGCCAUGGAUUGGACGUCGGAUCGACUACAUCCUAUACCGUGAAAGCUCCAUUUCAAAGCACUGCCGAACAGAAAUUGAAGCGCUGACCUUUAUUACCAAGCUGGCUGGCCUUACGGACCAUAUUCCUGUGGGCUUGAGACUGAAUGUUAUUAUGGACUCUGACUGUGCUGAUUGACUUGACGAGAAAAAAGAGUCCAAGGGAACAAAAAUGUACAAAAAAGGACAUUGUUCUGAUCUACAAAUGCAUGACAAUGUUUUGUUUACAUACUUAAUAUUCUGGUUUUAAUGGAUCAAUGUACUGGGCAAUUUGAUUAUACACUAUCUCAGGUGGUAUUAAUAUUGAUUAUCUGACAUUGGAGAAUGUUUACGAUUUUAUACAGAACGCCCAAUAAAGGGCAGAGGUAUUGAUUUUGUAAAACUAUAUAUUUUUCAUUCCUGCACUUUUCCUACAGAAAUAAAUGUAAAGAUUUAAUCUUA